AUGGCCACUCCUGCUUGCCCCGAACCGUUUGUCGACCAUGAACUAUCGAUCAACUUAGACUCCACGUUUGCCUUUGAAGGUCCAGAAAAGUUGUUGGAGAUUUGGUUUUGGAAGUCGGAGAGUGUCUUGCCCGAGAGCGCACCAGUGGGAGGUUUGCGCUCUAUCGCGAGAGAGUCUUGGGCCAAGAUGUUGGACUUGGUCAGCUGCAAGAUCUUGUCCAUGAAAUCGUCCAGGUACAUGGACGCGUACUUGUUGAGUGAAUCGUCGUUGUUUGUGUUCCCACACAAGUUGAUCUUGAAAACGUGCGGUACCACCACUACGCUAGCAUGCUUGGAGGAGUUGUUCACAAUGGCGCAGUCCAUCUGCGCAAUGGGCAGCAAGGAAAUCUACCGAGUCUUCUACUCAAGAAGAUCUUUCAUGUUCCCCGAGAAACAGAUCCACGUGCACAAGGACUGGAAACACGAGGUGUCGUUGUUGAACCAGCACUUUAGCUUGGGCAAGUCCUACGUCGUGGGCAACUUUGACAGCGACGACCAUUGGUAUCUUUAUGUAGGAGGAGAAGAGCAAGACCACCCUCUGGCUGGCAGCAGCGCAGACCAGACUUUUGAAAUAUUGAUGACUGAGUUGGACCCGGAGUGUGCGUCCAAGUUUAUCUACUCGAGAAAACCAGGUGACGAUAUUGGCGAGCAGGAUGAUUUGGGACACGAGCUAGGCUGGGAAACCAUGAUGGAGACAGAGUUGGACACGGUUUUCCAAUCGCCAAGGGUCAAUACUCAUUUGCCUUCGCCUUCGUUGUCGGACGUUUCCGAAGACGAGGACUGCAUGGAUUGCAAGACUGACGACAACUGCCUCCAGGCUAGCGCCAAUUUUGAGUUCAUCAACGAUGCCUUUGCAUUUACUCCCUGUGGCUACUCUUCCAACUCCAUCUGUUCCAACGUUGCCGGUGGGUACUACUACACGCUCCACAUAACUCCCGAGUCGGGCUGGAGCUACGCGUCGUUUGAAACCAACUACCCCUUUAACGAAACAGUGGACGUGAUCACAGUCUUGACCAAAGUGUUGAAGAUUUUCAAGCCAAAGAAGUUUUCCUUGACCUUGAUUGAGGAGAUUUCGGAUGAGCAGCACUUGACUGGAAAGCAGUUGGUUGGGUGCGACUUGAUCUUGAAGGAAUUGGGCUACAAAAGGAAUGAAAAGGCGGUGUACGAUUUGAAAAAUGAGUACAACUUGUUGUACAUGAAUUUUCGAAGUGGAUAG